AUGGGAAAUGAAUGUACUUAGAGUUGUAAUAUAAAUACAUCAUCAGAAGUUGGAUUGAUAGGAUUAACCAUAGACGAAAGAGGCUAGAUUAAUAAUGAUGAAUUGCAAAGAAAUAAAAUCAAUUUUUCAUAAGAUGAAGAUCUUAACAUGCAAGCAUCAAAAGCUUAACUCUUUAAUAUGCAGAAUAGCAGUUCAUAUUUUUAUUAGAAUAAGGAUUUAGAAGACGUUUAAGAUAGUACAAAACAAUCAAAGCAGCAGAGUAAUGUUAUGCAAUCAAACCAAAAUAAGAACAAAAAACUUGAAAAAAGACCCCCCUAUUAAUUUAAGAAUGGUGCAAUAUAUGAUGGUUAAUGGAAAGGAGUGUUUAGAGAAGGUUAUGGAAUUUAAACAUGGCCUGAUGGUGCAAAAUAUGAAGGAGAAUGGAUGAAUAAUCUUGCAAAUGGAAAAGGUAAAUUCACUCAUGCUGAUGGUGAUAUAUAUGAAGGAGAUUGGGUAGAUGAUAAAGCAAAUGGAUAUGGCAUAUAUAUUCAUUUAAAUGGAGCUAAGUAUGAAGGAUUUUGGAAAAAUGAUUAAUAAGAAGGUUAAGGUACUGAGGAAUGGAUCGAUGGCUCCAAAUAUUAAGGUAACUACUUAGCUGGUAAGAAAAAUGGUUAAGGGUUUUAUUAGUGGAGUGAUGGUUCAACUUAUGAUGGAAAUUGGUUGGAUAAUAAGAUAAAUGGCUUUGGUAUUUAUAACUGGUGUGAUGGAAGAAGAUAUGAAGGAGAAUGGGUUAACAAUAAUAUGCAUGGUAAAGGAAUCUAUACUUGGAAGGAUGGAAGAAGAUAUGAAGGAGAAUAUCAAUUUGAUAAGAAACAUGGUUUCGGUAAAUUUACAUGGCCAGAUGGCAAAGCUUAUGAGGGUCUUUGGGCAUAUGGAAAAUAGAAUGGUCAAGGGAAAUAUGUCCAUCCUGAUGGUACUACUAAGGUUGGAAUAUGGGAAAAGGGAAAUAGGGUUGCUUGGUUGGAUGAUGAUCAAACGUAGGUACCUUAAUAAUUGAAAUAACAAUUUUGA